AAGGACUCAGGUGCGGUAUUUGGGAGCUUUUGGCUUUGGGUUAGUGAGUGUGCGCACCUCUUUGACUGUAGAUGUUUCAGGGCAUUAGUGAACCCUCGCCUUGUGACAUCGUAUUUUAAUUAGCAUCGCAAUGUGGUUAAUACCAUUAACGUGGAUAUGUUUCAUACACUUGACAAACGCUGCAAACGGAGUCCGCCUGUGCGUCACUCGGCAGAGCUCCGCUGAUUGCAGCGCUAUGGAAGCAGAGACUCGGAGCAAUUCUCUGGGAAUAGUUUGUGUAACGGCCAGUGACAGGUACGAGUGUCUGAGGAAAAUCCGGGAGGAUGUGGCAGACGUGAUGUUGGCCCAGCCGGAGGACGUCUAUCUGGCGAAGGCGCUCUACGACACGCUCAUCCACGUCUUGGCACAGACCAGGUUCGAGGAUGACAAGGCAGAACCGUAUCGGUACCAAGGCGUGGCUGUUGUCAGGAAGUCGACCAUAAAAAAAGUGGCAGAUCUCAAAGGUUCCAAGUCCUGCCACACCGGCUACGGAAGGACGGCUGGCUGGAAUAUCCCCUUUCCUAAUUUACUAGAAAUGGGCCAGAUUCAGCUUCAGUGUGACAAGAGAGCCACUGUCGUUGAACACGACCUGAGGGCAGCUUCCUCAUACUUUGCCCUCGCUUGCGUACCGGGAAAAUGGGUACCCGAUGAGGAAACGGAUGCCAAGCUAAAGGAAACUUACAAUAACCUGUGCAACAUGUGUGAUGGCCAGUGUGACGACCAAGACCUACAUGCCGGUUACGAAGGGGCUCUCCGUUGCCUGGUGGAUUCCCACGGAGAUGUAGCCUGGACGAAGCUCUCGGCUCUUGAAGAAUUCUUCAAGAAGAGGGAUUCCGUGAAGAAGUCGGAUUACGGAUUACUCUGUCCAGAUGAUCGCAUUUUAGAACUAAACGACUCUCAGCCUUGUCACUGGGCUGCCAGACCAUGGAACGCCUGGAUUGGACGAGCUGCAGAUGAGAACAAAGAAGCCAUAGUCGAUGCGCUCAAAAAGGCUGUGGAAAGUGCAAAGGUGUCGGGAGAUUCUGGAGAAAAGUCUCUCAGACCUUGGGCAAAGAAAGUGCUGGGGAUAGAUUCCCCUUCUGUGAUCCAUGUAGUCUCACCGCCUGUGACUCCUUUCAAGUAUUUGAAUAUGUCUGGGUAUGACAGAACUAUUGAACGACUGGGCUGCCCAGAAGAACCAGUAAAACUCUGCAUAUUAAAUCGCAUAGCCCGUGAUAAAUGCAUCGCAAUGCAGCAGGUUUUCAAGUCCCGUAGGAUCCGACCACCUCUUGAGUGUGUUACACCAAACGACGAUGACUGCCUUGCUAUGGUUGCUCAGGGGAGUGCGCACAUAGCCUCAGUUGACCAAGGAGAUGUUUACAAAGGACAUGUGGAGUAUGGACUCAUACCAGUUGUCUCCGAGAGGUAUGGCCUACUAGAUGCCUCGUAUUUUGCUGUGGCAGUUGUGAGUGCUGACUCUGGCAUCACUUCCCUUAGCCAACUGAAGGGCAAGAAAUCUUGCCAUACAGGCUUUGAGAGGACAGCAGGAUGGAAAAUACCUGUUACAACACUUUUGGAAGCUGGAUUAUUGACAGCAGGUAACUGUGACUAUGCUGGAGAAAUGGGACGAUUCUUUAAAGCUUCUUGUGCCCCUGGUGCUAAGGAUCCCAUUUAUGACAAAGAUGGCAAAAACCCAGAGAGUCUAUGUGAACUCUGUGUAGGAAAGGAAGUGGGGGGAGCAAGUGGCCCAACUUAUGUAGGAGGAGAUCAAGAAGGAAAGUGUGACCGGAGCUCAGUAGAAGCCUUUUCUGGUUACACUGGGGCAUUCAGGUGUCUCGUAGAAGGUGGUGGUGAUGUGGCUUUUGUCAAGCACUCUACUGUGGCAGAUAAUACAAAUGGUAAUAACAACGCUUCUUGGGCCAAAGGUCUUCGCGCUUUAGAUUUCAAAUUACUUUGUAAAUCCUCUGGUACAGCAGAUAUUAUUAAUUACAACACCUGUAACUUGGCACGUGUGCCUGCUCACAAGGUUGUUACUGGAAUCAAGUCAGACAAAACUAUGCUGGAAGAAAUUAGAAUACUGCUGUUGAGGGCUUCAGAUAUGUUCCCAAAGGGUCAGGAUGCCUUCACUCUUUUUGGGGAAUUUGAAGGAAGACCUGACAUUAUAUUCAAGGACUCUGCUACAGAACUGGUUAAUGUCCGAGAAGACAUAUUCCACAAGUCCUUAGAUGAAGCUUACUAUAGGGCAGCACUGGAGAUCAGCACCUGUGUCCCAGAGGAGCCAAAAACCAAUUCAGUAAAUUUUCAGGAGACACCUGAACCCAACAGGGCGAGCUUCAGUAUGGGUUCAUGGGCUGUGAUGAGUUUAGUGCUUGUAGUUCUUCUUUCUCUUACAGGAAUUCCUUGACACUAAAGUAUUCAAAAUCAUAAUUGUGCCUUAUAAACUCUACAAAUUGUUUCCUCUCACAUAGUAACCUUGUUCUCUUGUGCAUUGUAGAAUUUAUACCAGUACAUAUGUUGUAUAUAAUAAUCAUAAUUGUCAGUGAUGCAUUAUUUUUUAAUGAUAGCAUUUAUUGUUUUGAAAAUAAGUAUACUAUAUAGGUUGCUGCAGUGAUCUGUUACUUAAAUUUAUAUUUUAAUAAAUUAUGGUUUAAAAACUUUAUCCUAUGCAGUGAUUGGUUAGAGGCAAAAGCUUUGCACUGCUCCAAAUACACCACUGUAAACCACUUUUCAGUUCAGUAUUUUGUUGUACAUCAAACCCAAGCAAUGCAAGUAUUUGUUGUAAUGCAUUAGUAUAGAGUAAAUUUUUUGAAGCUAAAUGUCUGCAGCUGAUACCACUGUACCCUAUGGUAGAUGUUGAGCAUGAAUUUCUGCCAGUCACAAUUAACUUCACUGACAUCAGCUGCAGUAAUUUAUACAAAAAAACACACUACAGUAUGGUUCUUGUUUUUGUAGUAUAAGAUACCUAAGCAUAACAUGCCAGUAAAGCACCAGUUUUUGCUUCUAACAUGUGUUGUGCUUCAGAUAUUUUAAUCAGUCUUACCAGAUGUUGCCCCUUGAUUUUUUAAUCAGGACUGUUCAUACAUCAAAGCUCACGAUUUUAGUGUGUAUAUAUUGCUGUGAUGUGCUUCUGUCUGUUCUUUAAUUUCUGAGUGUGAAAAAAUGUAUUUUAAUGAUGUGAAAAGAACAGGGUUAAAUGAGAUUUGGUAUAAAUGGAUUCACAAGUGCCAUUUAUUUUUUACAAAGUUUUGGUAGUAGUUAAUUGAAAUGACUUCUUUUAGACCACUAGAACUUUAUGGCAAAUUGAUAUCAAGGAUGUGAGACUUGAGAAGGUAAUCUGUAACAGAGGGAGUAAAAAAGUCCAUGAAGUAUCUGUUAUGGUAUGCUAUUCUUUAAUUACAUUUAAAAAAUUUUCUAAAUUAUGCAAAACUUUAUUAAAAAAAAAGAGAAGUUUAUGCCAAAAACCUUGUGAUUGUAAUGUUAAAAUUUGAUGAAUGUAGAAAUGUACCUCUUUUCACCAAAAACAGAUUUAUAACUAAGUUUUAAAACAGUUUCUAAGGAAAUAUAAAACAUUUGUGCUAAUAUAUUUUAUUUUGAAAUUGAGCAAUGAAAUGUCUAUACUAUUUGCCUUAAUUUUUGCUAAGUUAUACAUGCAUACUGUAAGCUUUUGUAAAUUUAUAUAAAGUGCCUCUAUGAAAAUUAUUUUGAAAAAUCCCGUCAUAUGUUAUAAAAUUUCCAUUAAAUGACUGAUAUAGUUUUUGGAGAUUAUAUAUAGUGAUCAUUUUCUUUACCUUGCAGCAAGAUAAUUCCUGUGGUUACAUUGGCAACAUUCUCACUCUAAAGAUACAACUACUUAAUAACUAUACAUGCUUAAAAGAGCCUAUUGGCUCUUUCAAGCAUUUUUUCUGUAAAGGGCUUACUCAUUAGCAGUAGUACCCUGAAGCAGAGUAGGAGGUAAGCCAAAGAACAUAAGCUAGCAGACUAACUAUAGCAGAUUCCAGCUAGCUUUGCAGCUAAGCCCCAACCACUGCACACCUGUGAGUGGCUAGCUCUUAAAGGGGGAAUGAUGUCACACUAGUUAACAGUCCAAAAGAUUACCAGUACCAAUUUGCCUCUGUCUGGUAAUGUUGAGUUUUGUGCAUGAAUCAUGACACCACAGAUUUGAGUUCCCGGAGUUGUGAAGCAUACAAUUGAGACCUCUGAUAAAAGAUAUAUUAAGUUAUAUAUAAUUAAGAAGAUCUUGGAUAAUUUUGUCUGCAUUUUUUUUUAUCAUGCGCUGCUUAAACAGCACAUGCAUUUGCUUUUUUUUUUUUAAAUGGUGUUGGGCCUCCAUUACCAGAUCCGACAUAGACUGCAUUAAUUGAAAUGAAGCAUAGCCUUCAGCGACCAGUUCCAAUGUUAGGGUAUUAAUUAAUCAUAAUCCUGCAUAUCAAAUGUUAAUAUUGAGAGAUUAGGCCUACCCAUCAAUUUCUUAUAUUUUGAGGCAAUGACAGGAUAGGCCAACUCGCCAAUUUCAUAUACUUUAAGGCAGCCUACU